AUGCACAUUUCAGUGUGCUGGAUUGUCCAACUACGGGUUGCAGAAGCGACAGGGCUGGGAUCUACCACGAAUGGUAACCACAGCGAAAGGUAUAAAAAACUCCAUUCCCUGAAGCACUUCGGCGACACAGUCAGGGACGACGCCAAGAUCGUCCAGUGGGAAGUAAACCUGGCCUCAGGGAAAAUAUGCAAGGAAGAUCGCCCCAGUCUAGACUUGGGACUGAAAACCAAACCC